GGUUUCUCUGUGAAAAAAAAUUGAAAACCAAAGAACAGAGAGAGGUUUUGUGGGGACUGUCCUUUUAAGUUUAAAGCUUUGUUGAAGGAAUUAUCACUUUUUUUCCCCUAUUUUUUACCUUCUUUCUUUGAAAUUUUGUCCUAUUUUGUAUGUGUGCAAAAUUAAUGGCUACUGAAGAGGUCAAUAAACCUCCUCCACUUCCUUCUUACCCACAGCUGAUUAUUAAUGCCAUUGAAGCAUUGAACGACAAGAAUGGUUCAAACAAGACUUCAAUAUCCAAAUACAUUGAGUCCAAGUAUGGAGAUUUGCCUGCUGGUCAUACCACCCUACUUUCUCACCAUCUUAAUAGAAUGAAAGAAACUGGAGAGCUUGUUUUUUGCAAAAACAAUUACAUGAAAGCUGACCCCAAUGGCCCACCUAGGCGUGGCCGUGGUAGGCCUCCAAAACCCAAGGUUCCAUUGCCACCGGGUGUGCUUUUAAGCCCUGCAAGGCCUAGAGGCCGCCCUCCUAAGGACCCCAAUGCUCCCCCUAGGUCCCCCAAGCCUAAGGUGACUUCUGGGACAGGGAAACCCCGCGGAAGGCCAAGGAAGAUGGCGCGGCCGGAAGGGGGAAUAGGUGGGAGUUCCACAACUAUGACGGCGGCCACGGUAAGGCCUAGGGGACGUCCUCCUAAGGUGAAGGCUUCGGCAUUGACUGAAGUGAGUGUUGAACAUUAACUAGGAUUUUUAAUGGUUGUAACUUGUAGUGGUGCUCACUGUUUUACUUGUAGUUUCUGUUUGUAGAAUUUGGACGGUGUUUGUUAGUAUGAUAAUUAUGUGUGUUUUAAGUGUUCUUGUAGAGUUUAAUGUUGUUGUUGUUGUGGUUGAGGCUUUGAAAUUUUUCUUUUUCUUUGGUUUAAAGUUGUUGUAGAGGAUGAUUAGUGCUAAUGAUGAUCUCUGUUA